CCACCAGAGCAAAAGGACGCAUGCGCCUAAUCGGCCCGACGAACGUGAUGCGCUUCGCGCUUGCGCGGUGCCGCUCGCUGGCGCUGCCACUCAAGUCAUCGGCGGGAACGGGACGUUUGAGAAGAAUCUAGUUGAGCGGUGCGGUGUCGUUCGCUGGCCAGGCGCCCGGGCCAUGAAUGGAGCUCUCAUCCCGGGCACGCCCAUUGCAGUGGAUUUUUGGAGCAUCAGGAAAGCCAGCCAUGCUCGCGUGUUCUUUCUCUCCCACAUGCACUCUGACCACACAGUGGGGUUAUCCAGCACCUGGCACCGGCCCAUCUACUGCUCCCCCCUCACGGGGCGAAUCCUGCACCACAGGCUGAAGGUGGCGGAGCACUGGAUCCGGCCCCUGGAAGUGGGCCAGAGCCACCUGGUGGCCCUUGAUGAGGAACCGGUGCUAAGGAACCAGAAACGAAUUGAUGUUCUCUACUUGGACAACACAAACUGCGACCCCCUGGGCGACCUGCCCUCCCGCCAGCAGGCCACCCAACAGAUCAAAGAGCUGAUCAAGGCCCACCCAGAUCACGAGGUCAAGAUUGGGGUCUACAGCCUGGGCAAAGAGUCGCUCUUGGUGGACUUGGCCUUAGAGUUUCAGACCUGGAUUGUGGUGAGUCCCAAGAGACUGGAGCAGAUGAAAGUGCUGGGCCUUGUGGACGUCUUCACUGCUGAGGAGGGGGCUGGCUGGAUCCACGGUGUGGACAUCUCUGAAAUCUGCUGGGAAGCCAUGAUCAACUGGAACCAGCAGCGCCCCACCAUUGCCAUUCUCCCCACCAGCCGCCCAGUGAAGAUCCCCCACCCCAGCGUUCACCUCGUGCCCUAUUCAGACCACUCCUCCUUUUCGGAGCUGCUAGAGUUUGUACAGUGGCUGAAGCCCUGCUCCAUAGUUCCAAUUGUCAAGAGAAACGUGUGCCUGCCGUACUUGGAGAAAUACCUGAGCUCCAACCACAAGGCGUCACCUGAGCCCGGAAUUCCAGAGUCUGGGCAGAAGUUCACACAGUUGAGAGAGAGCAGGGAGCAGCAAAGAGCCACCCAGCAGCCUGUGCCUACGAAGAACUCCUUUGCAUCCGCAGAGAAAUGUACGGACUGGCUGGAGCAUUUCGGGGGGGUGACGAUUGGCCAGCAGAGCUCCUCAGAGCAGCCUAGGGACCCCAACACCCGUUUGCAAGGUGGCUCUAUGUGUUGCAGGGGAGAGAGAAAGGGAAUCAAAGUGGAGUUAUGCUGGCUGCAUGGUGCCCAGAGGCAGCUUUUUUCAGCACAGCCCAAUACACAGACACUUGCCAGAACGCAGCCACUGCCACCCAAGGACGCCGGUGCCCGGACGUCCCAAAGUAGCACAGAGGGCACAGCACGGUCACACACGAGUUCUUUAUCCUGGCAAACAGGAAAGAGACACACCUCCCGUGCCAGCCCAUGCCAGCCUCCCCUGCAGGACUGGGCCCCCUUAACGCUGGCCUCUGUGCAGAAGAAGGCCGCUUUCCCCUCACACAAACAGAGUUUAACCUGCCUGCAGACUGAGGAAUUUCUUCCCCCAGGAGCAGCUGGAGACCGUGUCACCCUGGCCAGCUGGCCCUCUGUGGCCAGCAGUCAUGUUGCCCGUGGGCUUGCGGAGGAAUAUUUGCUUGCUCCAUUAAACACCCUAAAGCAAUACUCUGCGGAGAGCUUUGACUGGCAGAUCGAAAACUAUUUCAGGAGAGAGGAGGGGCCCUAACAGCCAGCAUAUGUGGAGCUAGCAGCAAAGGUCCUGUUCUCCCAAGUGUUGUGUCAGUGUGUGUUGUCUGCCAGGGCUGCUCUGAGCCAGCCGACAGGAGAUGGCCCAGCUCGGGGCUUUACACUGAAAGCUUCCCUUCCGUUGCCUGAGAGGAGAAUGGCAGAGUUUGCAGCAGUUCCUAGAUUCUCUUUUUGUUGGUUUGUUGAACAUUCUAAAAUUGCAAGUUUGUUCUACCACAGUAUGAGGAUGACUCCCAAGUACUAUCUGUGACCCUGUCCGUGUCCUGGGGUGUCACCCUGGCACUCACACAAAUGUAGAUCCCAGGAGGACACUGUUCGCUGGACCUUAUAGCAAAGGGGAUUGGAAUGGUUCCUGGGAGGUGAGCCGCAGGGGGCGUGAGCUGCCAGGGCUGACUCUGCAUUCAUGUUCCCAUGAGACGAGAGAAACAUUCUCCUGCUUGACAGCAAAACAGGAAGGAAGUUCAAGAACCCCAUCCUCUCCCCCUUGCUGUUUGCAUUCCUAGCUGCUGACAGGGAUUGGUGUGUGCUCAGCUAUCCUAGGGGCUUGAGAGCUGGUUUUAAAGAGACAGUGAAGUGAAGAGCUUUCAGGCCUCUCUGAAUUGCUGUGAGGCUGUAUUUAGAGACACUAACAUCACAGACUUGUGGGAAGCUCUCCCAGGGGACACAGCUGCCGUCCCAUCCUGAUUGGACCAGUUUGUGGUUGGGGCUGUAAAUGCUCUCUUGUGUCACGAACUGGGACAGGAGGAAUUCUGUGAAUUCUAAGGUCAUGGGUCUCUGGUGCAGUUUGUUGCAUUGUUUGGAGUGUCUGCGUUCAUUCGUGAACUGUUGUUUCUUCUCCCUCCAGCCCUUGAUCCUUGUGCCCCAUAUCAGUGAGUCAGACCAGAGCGACAGCCCCCGGCAGUGUACAAACUCCAGGCACCUUCGCUGGGUUAAAAGUCAUGGAGUCUGUGGCUCUUUCAGUGCAGCCAGUGUUAGCCCUGCAGCCGGCCGAGAUGAGAACGUGCUCGCUCUCUUGCUGGGUUAAGCUAGACUCUGAAGGAAGCGAUCGCCACCUUUCGGUUAUGCUGAGCUGGACGUAACCAGCUUCGCUCUCCUUGGCGUGGGAUUUAGGGACAGCUUAGCUCAGCUGACCUCAAGGUGACCCUCUGUGGGCAUUUCCUUUACUUGUACCUGCUUGGGCAGGUGGAAGCUUUGUAGUUUUCCUAGACAAGUGUUUGACCUGCUGCUUUGUGCCUGUGCCAGCAGCGGGUGGGGUGCAGGGGAGGGGGCAGCCUUCAGGUUCUUAGGGAGCUACUCUUAGCCCGGUAGGGUUGAGGUCCCAGACAGGCUGUCCCCUGGCGAAAGGGCUUUGCUGCCACCCCCACAUUGACCCUCUGUCCGAGUGCAGUGAGGGCUCUCAGCGGAAUGGCUGUCUGCCCAGAAAAUACCCUGCCGUUGGCACUGACACACCCGCUGGACGCCAGGGAAAGGUGUGUCCUUCGGAGCAACUGGGAGCCCUCCCAGGGCCCCCUCUAAUUUUGUUGUCUGGUUGCGCCUGGCUGUACAGAAGGAGGCUGCAUCACUGGCCUUCCCACCCUGGUGCCUGAGGAGCAUCUCGUGAAUCGCUGUGUCUGGGUUAAGCUCUGAGAGUGUGUGGAGAAGUGUGUUAUUUAUACAAAACUCAAAUAAACCAAGUUGAAAAAAUCUGUGCUGCUGUCGUGGAGCUGGUAUACUCAACCUGUCCCGUCCUGGCUUCCUGUCGUUCUUGGGGAGGCACAAAGCUGCAAGCAGCCUGAGUACUGCUGGAUAAUCUCUGGUUGUUCAGCUAACCAAGCCCCAUGAUCCUCACGGUGCCAGCUGAGCGUCAGCGUGGUGUUUCCAGGUGUGCGUGCUGCAGAGCCCUGGCUACACGGUGCCGUGUUUGGCACUCAGGCCAUGUUCUGUCAGACAAGAGUAUUAAAAACCAAGUAAGGUUUAUGACUAGCGUUGUGUCUGCCAGGGAGCUCAGAUGUCCAAGGAGGGACCUCACCAGGAUGGGUCUGAUCUCUCCCCUGCCAGCCGCCCAUAGGGAUGCAGCUCAGAGUCUGCGCUGGAGUCACUGGAGACUGCGACCCACAUCAGCCUGUGAUGUCUGCGAGCUAGAUUACAAGCACCGAACUCAGCUCACCCAGAGGCUGCCCAGCAAUUUCCUUGGGGCCUUGAGGGCUGCUCCUAACCUGCACUAAAUGAGUUAGAUUGUAGCUCCAUGCAGGGUAUGGUCCCGCCAUGUGGUACACACAGGCCCUUCCCAUCACAACUGGCUCCCCAUCUCUGGGCCGCAGGCCAUGCUAAGAUGGGAGGGGCUUGCUGUGACCAGCCCUGUGACGGAGCAGGGGAACAAACUGGCGUAAUUAUCCAACGUGCCAUCCCAGAGGCAUCGCUCACCGCACGUCAGCCACGUUUGCAUGGGUUCUGCAGGCCUCCCUGCAGUGGGGUUUGGAUGCGCACCUGGCUAGCGCUAGAUUGUGUGUUGGACCACAGGUGCGAGGCAUGUGGUGGUGGCUGAAUUCAGCUUUCAUCUAAAAACCAAAACUUGCUCUCAUGGUUCUGAAGAAAACCUUGAGCCCGUGACUCAUGGAGGUAGUGGGGUGACAUCUGCCCGAGCCUGCAGGCAGCCUCCUUCGGACGGAGGCUCAGCAGACACAACUCUAGAGCCAGGACCAGGCAGAUCAGGCCUUUCCUGCUCAGGCAGGACCCUCGGGUGAGAGGGGUUCAGGUGAAGCGCUGAGUUUGGUGGGAUCGGCUGCCCCUUGGUGGGGCUCACGCUCCCAUUCUCCCACGGCCUUGCAGCUCCACAGGUCAGUUUUGGGUGAUGGCUCCCAUGCACCAUCCCCUUGGGGCACCAGAAUGGGAGUUUGUGUUGACUGCCCGCCUUUCAGGACAGGCUUCGCUCAGCAGUGGAACAGGUAACAAUGACAUGUUUCAAUUGUCCGCCAGGCAGCUGCGUUCAUCCUGCCCCUGGAGCUGAGCAGGGUGGGUCACAUGGCAGAGCUACUGUCUCAAGCUAACCGAAGGCUCAAGCAGACCUUGCUGCACUGGCUACACCCAAGUACACGACAGGGUUACAAGAUUUUCUUCACAACUACGAGGGCCAGAGAUUUUUUUUCUUCUAAAUGAAAACCGAUGGCACAGCUACACUACACACUGCUGCAGGCACAAGUCACAUCAGCAUAAAGCCGCUGCAGAACGUGUGCUGCUUGUCUGCAUGCACGCUUGGCUCCUUGUGUCGGUGCCGCGCGUGCUCACCAGGAGGGCUUGUGUCAAUACACGGUGAGUGCACCAUCGGUAGGUGUGUGUCUUUGCACCCAGUGUGUGUCUGGCCACUAUCCAGUGCCCUGUCUUUUGGGGUUUUGACAAUGCAUGGUAGGGCUGAAAUGAGUCAUGCAUGGGUGACUGGGAGCAUGUAACUUUUUCCAUCCCAUAAUGUCAUCUAUAUCCUGGAAACACCAUGAUGACGCUCAGCUGGCGCCAAGCUGUGGGUGUCACUGUCCCCCGGCAUAGAGUUGUAGGGGCAGCGAUGCCACGUGGAAUAUUGGAGGAGGGGUGUGUAGAGAGGAGUCCCAUUUUCCAGGCUCCUGUUCUAACCGCUAGACAUGUCCCUGCUUUUCUGAGUAGCUGUGUAGUUCUCUUCUGCCAUUUGCUGUAAAUGACCAGUGUGGUUUGAACAGUCACAAGUAUCCUGCCCUCAGGUUUACAGCCCUGGCUGUUAGUCCCCUGCAGUAAUAAAUAAACUAGACUGACCCCUGGGUUAAUGGCUCAGCCAAGUGCUAUCGCUGUCUUACUCGUCAGAAAGUUAACCCACUUCUUUCCCCCACCCAAACCCAGUGACCGUCCUACAGGCUGAGUGUCUGCUCCCAGCGGCUGAACACACUGAGAAGCUGCAGCGGAAACUCUGGGUUCUGCUACUGGAACAUAAAAGGUAUUUCCUGCCAUUUCAGUGGACGUGACUUAAAUUACAUAGGAGCAGGGGAACCUAAAGCCUCUCCCACAGGUCUAAAGGGCAAUACAAUUUUGUAGGAGAGUCUGAAUAAUGAUAGAAGUGAGGGAGAUUUCAGCCACAAGGCUGCCUGUGCGUGAGGCACAUUCAAGUGCUUCCCAGAGUGCCAGACAGGUGUUUCUGCUUCUGUUGGACUCCAAGACGCCUUUUUCUGUGCGACAGCUGCCGCUCUGGGGAGGGCCUGUCACCGUGCCUCCGUGGGUCACAACUGAGAAUACCAAAUUCAGAGCAAGGGAAAAAGGGCUAACACACCCAAAACUCUUCCAUGAGAGGUACCAAACCAGCAACAAAAUAAACUUCUGUCUCACCACACUGGCUAACAAGAAGUCACAAGUGCAGCCUCCUUAGGUAUUCCAGUCCUGGAUUCCACAACCAGACACCAGAUUUAAAGAUGAGUGGUUAUUUGAAACUAAUUUCAUCAAACAAAAGGGUUCUUCUGAUCCCAAAGGACCAGCCACAUACCCAGGUCAAUAUAUAACUCACAUCUUCCCCAAUAAUCAUGCUAUUGCCAAUCCUUUAGUCUUUAAAAUCUAAAGGUUUAUUUAUAAAAGAAAGAAAGAAAGAAAG